AUGUCAGUAUCUCAGUCUGUGAGCUCGAUGCAGGAAACCCUUGCUCGAUUUGCCGAUGGCCAGAGAUACUCUAAAAGGCCAAGAGUUGAUGAAUUGUCUGACUCAGACACCGACUCGAAUAAUGACGUUCCUGAAUCAGACAGCAACAUGCUGCUUAAAAAAGGAGAAGAGUAACCCGACAUGGGAGUUGAAGAUGAUUUGCUCGACGCGAUCGCAAACAAUCUGAAUGCUGACGAAGAAACCGACCAAGAUGUUUCGGAAAAGCUUGCCAGACUCGUCAAUAAGAGAUGGUCAGAGAAAUUAAAGGAACAUUCCCGACCCAGGAACCUUUGGAGCCUAGUUGCUGCACGUGUAAACCCCAAAACAUGGGCAAACAAGAGCCAUACGGCCAAAAGCGUCGAUCUCAGAGCAGCCAACACACAGAACAUCGUUUCUAAGGUAGGCACUAUUGCUGCAAAAUGUACUGAUAAUUUACUCAAAUGGUUAGUUUUCAUUCCGAUGCUCUGGCAUUGUUAG